AUGGUGUCACAAGUAGAAAACAUCAUAUUUACCGUUAUGUACAUCAUAACGAUGCUGGUAUCAUUGGUCGGGAACAUUCUUCUACUCUACAUCGUGUGGAAGAAACCUGACGUAAGAUCAAUGACCAGCUUCAUGUUCGUCAACAUGGCCGUUGCGGAUUUACUGGUCACCUUGGUUGUGAUUCCUUACACAGUGUCCGAUUCCUACACUCACGGUGUGUGGCCGAUGACUGGUCUUAUUGGACAAAUCACGUGUAAAGCAGUAAUAUACGCCGCUUUCUUCACAAUAACCACGUCCAUUCUUUGCCUGACAUUUAUGGCGGUUGACAGAUUUUAUGCAGUGGUUUAUCCAUUCCGACGCCUUCUUUGGUUCCGAAAACCCAUAGUCCUCACACCAGUCGUCUGGCUCUUGUCAAUGGCGUUGAUGUCUAUCGUUCCGGUUUUUAUAGUUUUGCAAUGGUAUCCUGAAAACUCGGAAUAUAUGUGCAUAGCCAAGUUUUCCAUUUUGGGAGAAACAUCGAAAGUCAUUCGCGGAGUUUUCAUUUACUUUUUCGUCAUCAACUAUUUGCUGCCUGUAAGUAUCAUUUCCGUCCUCUACACCAUUACUGCUCGUAAGUUGUGGUUCCAUGAGGCACCAGGAGAAGGCUUGAACCAAAAUCGGCAACGACAGCAGCAGACCAAGAGAAAGGUUGUCCGAAUGCUCAUCAUCGUUUUCACAGCGUUUGCUCUCUGUUGGCUUCCCGGGCAGGUGUCUCAGCUGUACUUAGCAGUAACAGCCAAACAUUUACCACUUGUCCAGACAGUCUGCUAUUGGUUUGGCUACAACAACAGCGCCAUUAACCCAUGGUUGUGCAUUAGCUUGAACAGGAAGAUGUACAAUGCAUUUUCUCGAAUGACCGGCAAUAAAUUACAAUUGGCAAAAGGUAGCUUGAAAAAGGACGAAGAUGAGAUGACACCCAGACUGACAAACGAGUCGCAAGAGUCACGGUUGUAA